CUCUCCUGUAAUAAUCGUUGCCCUAUCCCUUCAAACCCAUCCCAUUCCUCCACGCCUCCGCUUCUUUCCUCAUCAGCUCCCAGGUGAUUGAUGCUUGUACCCUGGCUCUUUCGUUCAAUUCCCUACAAGGCUUUUGUUUCAGGCGUUUUGUCCCUUGAGCCGGGACGGGACGGAGGUCGUUCCGUAGGUACAAAGAUUGCUGCUUCCGAGUUAGGCCGUGCGGCUUUGUAAGGUGUAACUGGACUGGGAAUUCUGCUCUUUUAUCAACGAGAUAGAGGUCUCCUGGCGGUGAUUUUUUUUUUUCGUUGAAGCUGUUUUCCGUGUGGCGUCUUGAAGCAACCUGAACGGAAGGGGUUGGCUAGGUCAGGCUGAAGCGAUGCUGCGAAAUCGCGAAACUUCGCAGACGUACGGCGCGACGUUCGUGCAGCAAUUCGCGAACGCCGAGGACGACCUCGACCACAGCAGGGCAUCCGGGGGUGGAGCCGCCGGCACCGGGGGAAGCGCCGGCAUCGGCGGCGCCGGCGGCGGUGGCGGUGGGGGAAGAGUCACCGCGUCCGGCGCCAUAGAGCUUAGCGUAAGAAGCGGAGAGAAGGACGAUAAGGACUCGGAUAGAGAGGCCGAGGGCGCGCCGUCCUCGCGGUCGCACCAUGGGAAGAGCCGAGGUGCGGACUGGACGAGAGAGGUAGCGAGAGACAUGGGCCGCGAUUGGAAUAAGGAGAGGGAGUGGGGCCGGCAGCCCGCGACCUCGUCCGCAGGCGGGGACAGGACAGCGGGGGGUGCGGCGGGAAACGCGACGGGAGGUGCGGCGAGAGAUGCGGCGGGAGAUGCGGGCCGGGAGAAACCUCGAGUGGUGGACGAUACGCUGGAAGACGACGAUGAUAGUCCAGCCGACCCUGAGGUGCUCUCUAGAUGGAAGUACGGCACCCCAACAUCCGCGUGGUAUGCCACGCGGUUUAAUAAGCGCAGGCGGAAUCCCUGGGCAACCGGCGGGCACGGGGCCGGCGGUAAGAGCGGACGGGGAGGGAUUUUAAGCUUUUCACUUAGCGCGGUGGAUUUGGGGUUGCUGCUGCUGUUGGUGCUGCUGCUGGUGUACGUUCACGAGCAGGACCAUCGCGCGUGCGACGUGUUUAUCGGCGACCUCGAGUUUUUAAGAAAGCAGCUGUUUCACUGUAGAGCGGAGAGUUUCGACUUAAAGAAGCAGCUCAAUAACGCGUAUCGCGGGCGCACGUGGUCCGCGUGGCAGCACUGCGGCGCCAGUGCGGCCCAAAUGUCCGCCUAUUACAACUACACUCCCGGCAGCACGUGCCCGCCUGUAACCGUCUCUGUUACCAGCGGGGCUAGCGUUGGUUACGGCGCUCCUGGAAGUGGUAACCAGCCCCACAACCCGCGGAUUUCGCAGCCGCCGCAGCAGCAACUCCAGGGAGAAUCUCACCAGCAGCAGCAGCAGCAGCAGCAGCAGGCGCAGCAGCAGUCGGAUCAGCAGUCCGGGUUGCAGCGCCAGUCGUGGGAGCUCCCUCCGAGCUCCAGACUCGACGAGGCUCUGCUCUUCGACGCUCGAUGCCUCGACCUCCCUCGCCGCGCCUGCUUCUCCGACUCCCCUUUCCUCUCACCCUCCACCGCCGCCACUACCGCCGCCGCCGCUGGCGCUGGCGCUGUUGGCGCUGCCGGCGCUGCAGGAGCGGCGGAUUCGGGGGGUGCCGCGGACGGUUCAGGGGGGGAGGAAUCUGUUGAGCCGCCGUCGCGGGAAGCCGCGAGGUGGAGCAAUCCCGAGGCGAAGCGCAUCGCGUGGGAGAUGUACGGCCCGUGCCGGGACUUCGAGUGCCUCAUGCAGCAGGAGGACGACGCCGAGAGGGCGUGGGGUGGGGGUGGUGGCGGAGGGGUUGGGGAUGAGAGGAGGGGGAACGCGGCAGGGGAGGGGACGGUGGGGGGGUUGGAAGGGGCAGAGGCGGAGGGCUUGGAGAUUGGACGGCUGGGAUUGCCUCCUGCAGUGCGCGGAUGUUUGGUUUCGUGUUUCAAUUUGUCGAGGGCCAGGGAGAGGGGUGCGCGCGGCGCUUACGGGGGAUACGGUGGAUAUGCGGAGGGCUCAGGGUUUAAUGCACAGACAACGCCAACAGCACCAGGGGGGGCGGCAGCUGGUGCUGCUGCUAUAGCAGGGGCAAAUGCAGCCGGAGGUGGAGCAGCAGCGGAGGCGGUAUCAUUGGGAUGGGGGAUGGAUGCGGUGCUGGCAGUGAAAGCACCUGGGGGCAUCAGAGUCGGGCUAGACAUCGGAGGGGGCACGGGGAAUUUCGCAGCACUCAUGGCCGAGCGGGGCGUUACGGUGGUUACCACUGCGUCCAACCACGGCGCCCCUGUUAUGGAAGUGCUGGCGCACAGAGCGCUCCCAGCGCUCCACCUCCCUCUCACCGCCCGCCUCCCCCUGUUUGACUCAUCCUUGGGUUUGAUCCACUGUGCUUUUUGGCCGUCGGUGCUUGCCCAUCCGCCCGUCCUGGAGUCUGCUCUGUAUGACUGGGACCGGGUGCUUCGCCCCGGGGGGUUGGUGUGGCUGGAAAGGGUGCCUUUCUCCCGGCCGUUGAUCCGGAAGAUCCUGGCUGUUGCCGAGGUGGCGCAGUGGAAGAAGGUGAAGUGGACGAAGAUGGGGGUUGGUGGGAGUGGAGGGAGUGGAGGGGGGAGUGGUGAACGAGGGGCUUUGUUGCUGUAUGUGUUGUUUGAGAAGCCCAUGAAGAGAGUACAGGAGGAGAGGAGGGCAAUUGCUGUAAUGAGUUAAAAGUUAAGGGAGAUGUUGAGUGUUAUGUGGUGUGUGAGACAUGCAUCACAUCGCGGCAUAUAAGGGCUAUUGUGUUGAUUUGCCAUGGUGCUGUUGCAUCCAAGCUUGUUUUGUGUUUGUGCCAAUAAAUCAAUAAUGUGGCAGUUU